AUGUGUCAACCCAGGUUAACAUCUUCCAUAGCAGAAGUAACUGAGACAAAAAGAAAAGUACCUUCUCCUACCAAUCCAAGUUGUAGCUUUACAUCUGUUGGAGAAAAUAGUGAAACAAAAUUUACUGCUAACACUGAGCUUGAUAUUUCGGAAGAUUUAGAGGAAUCAGUGAAGGAGAUUGAACUUCCUCAAGAAGAGGAAAUCAUUAUAGAGUAUGUUCCACCAGAGGAAGUACUAAAAAAAUUACCACAGUCAACACAGACCCAAAGCAGAAAAAAAGCAAUGGACAUGAUGACUGUGGCAGCAGCUAAUUUUAAUAAAAUGUGUGAGUCAAAAUUAAAAGAUGCACACAGUAGUAGUGAUCUAAACUUCAUGAAAUCUGUAUUAGAAGACAUGAAAUCACUAACUCCGAAAAACAAAUUAAAAUUUAAAAAAGAUGUGUUAGAUUUAUUGUUAAAAUAUACAGAUUAAC